GGAUGACGGACGAACUAUUUCAAAAUCACACGUCAGCGUGACCAAUCCAACUCCACCGCCCAAAAUAAAGUCAUCUCCAGAAAUUUCAGAUAAUUCUCUCUCACACACAGAAACACGCACAACGUGGUAAUGAAGUAUUUCUGAGCUAUGAAGAUGAUCAGGUACGCAGAUUGAAGUAAUUAAACUAGGUGACUGAGGCAUGCAUAUGAACUUCGAAUUUCCCAGGCAUAUUCCUUGGUUUGGAGCCCAUUCAAACAAGGAUACAUCAACUGUCAUAUCGACUGGUGCCCUUAUGGAAGCACCAAAACACGAGGCUUCGUUUGACAUCAGGCUUUGGAGAUGGUCCCUUUUCUCAUUAAUACCCUGGGCUAUCAGCCAGAGUGAUAAAAUCCAAAUUCGAACAUCUGUCAACAAAGAGCUGAAAAGGCAUAUGCAACCUCGUGGUCAGGCUGACAAUAGUACUCAGUACUCAACAAAACGUUUCAGACCUUAUGUUUCCAAAAUUCCGUGGCAUACAGGUCCAAGAGCUUUUCUGUCUCAGUUGUUUCCUCGAUAUGGACAUUACUGUGGACCCAAUUGGUCGAGUGGCAAAGAUAAAGGGUCUCUUAUAUGGGACAAACGACCAAUUGAUUGGUUGGACUUUUGCUGCUAUUGCCAUGAUAUGGGUUAUGACACCCAUGAUCAGGCCGAGCUUCUGAAGGCAGACAUUGCAUUCUUGGAGUGCUUGGAGAGGCCACAUAUGAAUACGAAAGGAGAUCCUAGUAUUGCUCAUCUUUAUAAGACGAUGUGCACUUCAGGUCUUAGGAAUAUAUUGAUACCUUACCGACAGCACCUUGUGAAGCUGCAAUCGAGGAAGUUACUUUUCCAAUUUGGAUGGCUGGCGGAUAUGAAAUGGAAAGUUUGGAACUUGUACAAAACAUAAGACAAAGAAUACACAGUAUUUUAAUAGCUGCAUGUAUAUUUCUAGCUGCUAUCUAAGGUAGAAGCUGUAGUUGUAUUUCUGGUGAUUGUCAAUGCUAUUUUUAGUCGGUCGGUGCGAACACUUAGUUGAACAUAGAAAAUAUGUAAGUGAAUCCCACUAGUGCUGACUCAGAAACACUAUUUAUGUAAUUAAUAGUCUUGAAAUUUACUUUGAUAUUUUUUCUUC